UGUGUGUGGAGGAAGAGGGGAGGGCUAGAGAAGUGAGAUGGGCCCUGAGCACACAGGACACUGGAGGCCAGUGAAAGAACCAGGGUGCGCUUGUAGGGUUUUAACAGGUGCAAGCUGGGAAUUUCAGAAGGCUCAUCCAGCUGCUAAUCGGAGCCUGGAGCGGGGCAAGCAGUGGGGAGACCCCUGCAGGAGCCAGUGAGGAGAGAUAACUGCUUUUGACAAGACACCUGGGAAAGGCAUCUGGAAGCAAGGGCCAUGACAAUAGGAUUUAAAACCCUUGGCCCCAGGGAAAGGUGAUAUUUCGAGAUCUAUGACUGCUUAUAUUAUCUUUAAUCCCAAAAGGAGGGAAAAGAUCUUUCCUGUAUAAGGUAAGCUAGUUAAUUUAAAUUGUGGAGGAAAAAACUUGGGGCAAGACACAGAAUAUGAUAUCCAGGAAGCAUUUUGGAACAAGACAUGAGGACCCCAGCUGUGGCUGUGUGCACCUUUAGGGCCUUGACCAUAGAGGCAGGAUAAAGGAGUCCAUUUUGUCAAUAGGGUGGAGCCAGAGUCUAUUGGGAGAAUCAUGAGGUAGGCAGCUCUGAUCCCAAAAGAUGGUGGUCCAGUGGGAAAGGCCUGGGCUGCUCUGACCAGCUCAGCACACACGAGGAAUAGCUCUCAUCCUGGGCAAUUUGUGCCCUGGGUUGGAGGGUGAGAGUUCAUUUUAUCAGCAAUAAAGGCAUCCCACCUGCUACCAGGAGCAACCAAAAAUGCCCAGAAGUUCUGGAACAGGGGUGCUGUUGAACCAGGUUUCCUGGCAGCCAGAGAGAGAAAAACAGCAAAAUGCUGCUAUGGUAUAGUAGUGAAGUCAUCAAGUGCACACUGAGACUUCCUGUGGGCCAGGCCUUGUGAAUGGUGCCGGAGACAGAGACUGGGAUAAGAUCUGCCAUCUCUGAUGCUGACGCCCAGCCCAGUUCUCCCGUUUUCCUCUCUAGUUUUUUUCUCUCUGUUGUGCAUCCCCCUCCCUUUGCUGUCCCUUAAGCAUUGUUCCCUUGAGCAUCAUCUUUUACCCUCUUCUCAUUUUACAUCUCCCUCUGGACUACUUCAUCCAGUCCUGUGGCAUCAGUAUCACUUACAUACUCGUUGCUCUUAAAUCUAGGGAUUCAGCUAGAUUAUUUCUCUGAGUUCCAGUCUCUUAUGCCUCAUGUUAACUGGGUAGCUCCACCUGGAUGGGCUACAGGAACUGCAAACCUAACUCUCCUGCAUUUUCUGUCUUGGAGAACACCAUACUCUUUUCUUUUCUUUCUUUCUUUCUUUUUUUUUUUUUUGAGACGGAGUCUUGCUCUGUUGCCCAGGCUGGAAUGCGGUGGCGCGAUAUCACCUCACUGCAACCUCCGCCCUGCCUCCCAGGUUCAAGCAAUUCUCCUGCCUCAGACUCCCAAAUAGCUGGGACUACAGGUGUGUGCCACCACACUCGGCUAAUUUUUUGUAUUUUUAGUAGAGAUGGGGUUUCACCGUAUUAGCCAGGAUGGUCUUGAUCUCCUGAUCUCAUGAUCUUCCUGCCUUGGACUCCCAAAGUGCUGAGAUUACAGGAGUGAGCCACUGCGCCUGGCCUGAGAGCACCAUACUCUUACAAGCCAGAUACCUGGGAGCCAUCCCAGAUGCCUCCCGCUCUACACUUCUUCCUUUGCAUCAAUUACCAAGACCCGCAGAUUUUACUUCCUUUACACCCCUUGUGUCUGCCUCCUCCUCUGCUGCUGCCUGAGUUGAGGCCUCAUAAGACAUUCCAGUAAACUCCUACCCACACUCCCCGCAGACGACCUCUCAUUUGCUCCUUGUCUCUUAUGCACUGCUGCCAGAGUCAGCUUGCUAAACCCAGAUCUGACCCCAUGGCUUUUCUCCCUGGGUCAGCCUUGAUGGCUUCCCACACUCAGUAAGACCAAUAACACCCACACUCUCUCUGCUUGUCUUUGCAGCUUUAUUUUGGUGUAGCCAUCUUCAUACCCUCUAGUCCUGACAUGCAGACCUGGUGCAGUUUCCCAGAUGUCCCAGGCUGAUUCAAGGCUGAAUGUCUUUGUAUCUGUUCCCCCCUCUUGCUGUUCACCUUCCUCUCCACCUCCUUCUGCCCUCUCACAGACACCUAAUGCCCUUUCCACACCAGUGGACACCUUAUCUUUGCGUUCUCGUCUCCUCCUCGGUGGCAUUGGCACUCGCUCUUCGUGUCUUUCUGCCCCCACAGCUCUCAAGCACAGCAUCUGCACGCGUUGUUGCAUUUGCCCGGGUAGGUCACAUUGUGUUCUCCGCCUCCUAAUAAUGUGGACAGCUCACGCUGGUGGAGGACUUGCUUUGAACAAGGCCUUUUGUGUUAAAUCUUCCCAAUAGUGCUACUACUUCUGCCCUUUCCAGGGAGGAGGGAGGAGGCUUGGAGGGAAGACUCUUUCUUAGGAGUCCUGCCCAGCGUUUCCUGGGGAGGUGGGGCCCCCAUGGAAGGUAAACUUAUGGUGGGGUAAGCUGGGUGGCUACUGAAGUCCUGUCUUUCCCCUUCUUCCUCUCACCCUGAUAACCUUAUUCUCUGGGUCCUGUCUGCCGGUAGAGAGGCUUCUGACUUUUUUUUUUUUUUUGCCAUGCCUUUAGUUUAUAAAUACAAGAAGAGAUCUGGGGAAAGAUCAGGAGAAACUGUCUGCUUACAAAUUCUGAGAAGGAAGUCACUGCUCCUCUAAGUCCCAUGUCAACCCUUUGCUCUCUUCCCAGCUUGCGGAGUGAAAGAAAAGCCCUUUAUAGUCUUUGAGGUCCUCAAAUCCCAGUUUAUGCAAUAUGGCCCCAGUCAGAGGACGGCAGACUCAGGGCAAAUUCUGCUUGUCUUUCACCAGGGAGGGGACUCACCAAGGGUGACUCAUGCCAUUCUAUAUAUAUAUUUUCGGAAAUUUGAGACACAGUCUUGCUUUGUCGCCAGGUUGGAGUGCAGUGGCAUGAUCUUGGCUCACUGCAACCUCUGCCUCUCGGGUUCAAGCAAUUCUCCUGUCUCAGCCUCCCGAGUAGCUGGGACUACAGGCUCCCACCACCACGCCUGGCUAAUUUUUUGUAUUUUAGAAGAGAUGAGGUUUUACCAUGUUGGCCAGGAUGAGCCACUGCACCUAGCUCUCAGUAGAAUUUGUUAAAUCUAACAAAUAUUUUGUACCCUUGAGUGAGAGAGAGGCUUGUAGCUCUUCAUGAAGAGAAUGAGAAAUCCCAGAACUGAGUGUUUGGAGCUCUGUGAAGUAAGAUACUGCCGUUUCCUGUCUGUCCGUUCUAGCACUUAUACAAACCAUGAAGAACUCUCCUUCCUUGGACUGUUUGCUUUCUGAGAACUUUAACACCUUUACUCUGGAUUUUUGUCUGUGGUAAAAAACACAAUAGUGCCAGGGUCAUGUCCAUAUGCUGGAUUCACUCUGCAGCCAAAGUUUCUGUUGGGCGGGUGUGUGAACUUGAUAUCAUAAACGCUGGCCCAAGGCAAAUAUAUGAAUGUAUGAAUGAACAAAUUCAGGAAUGGAACAAACUGUAACCAGGGGCCUCCUAGUUGUAGGUUCUCACUAAACUUCACAUUGAGACACAAAGGAAGGGCAUCUUAUAAUGUUGGGGGAUGCGCAGCCAGCUUGGAGGUGGUGACACAUGAGGUGGGUUUUGAAGUAUGAGAAGGAAUUGAUCCAGAAAACAGACAGGACGUGAAAAGAAUCUGGGAAUAAAGACUUGUUUCUCUGGGACAAGUGUGAGCGGGUCUGGGUGCUGCCGGGUUUGGUUGGGGCGAAGGUUGCUUGCGGGGGCGUGGCAGUGGGUGAGGCUGUGGAGAUAGGCAGGCGCCGGGUCCUGGAAGUGAGAGUCAGGGAGCAAGCCACGAAGCCUGCACUUUACUCUGAAUCUUGGCGGUGGCUUCAGAGGAUUGCUAGCAGGGGUCCAUGUGAUCACAUUUGCACCCGAGAGAGUGCCACACCAUGUACGUGGCUGGGAUGUGGAGGAUGGAUUUAAGGGGGACAGGACUGAAGGCUGUUGCAAUGAUUCAGUGGCCGUUCCCGCAGCAGCACCAGUGUGCCAGCCCAAGAGCGCCACUAACGGGCAACCCCCGGCUCCCACUCCGACUCCGACUCCAACUCCGCGCCUGUCCAUUUCCUCCCGAGCCACAGUGGUAGCCAGGAUGGAAGGCACCUCCCAGGGGGGCCUGCAGACCGUCAUGAAGUGGAAGACGGUGGUUGCCAUCUUUGUGGUUGUGGUGGUCUACCUCGUCAGCGGCGGUCUCGUCUUCCGGGCAUUGGAGCAGCCCUUUGAGAGCAGCCAGAAGAAUACCAUUGCCUUGGAGAAGGCAGAAUUCCUGCGGGAUCACGUCUGUGUGAGCCCCCAGGAGCUGGAGACGUUGAUCCAGCAUGCCCUUGACGCUGACAAUGCGGGAGUCAGUCCAAUAGGAAACUCUUCCAACAACAGCAGCCACUGGGACCUCGGCAGUGCCUUCUUCUUCGCUGGAACUGUCAUCACCACCAUAGGGUAUGGGAAUAUUGCUCCGAGCACUGAAGGAGGAAAAAUCUUUUGUAUUUUAUAUGCCAUCUUUGGAAUUCCACUCUUUGGCUUCUUAUUGGCUGGAAUUGGAGACCAACUUGGAACCAUCUUUGGGAAAAGCAUUGCAAGAGUGGAGAAGGUCUUUCGAAAAAAGCAAGUGAGUCAGACCAAGAUCCGGGUCAUCUCAACCAUCCUGUUCAUCUUGGCCGGCUGCAUUGUGUUUGUGACGAUUCCUGCUGUCAUCUUCAAGUACAUUGAGGGCUGGACCGCCUUGGAGUCCAUUUACUUUGUGGUGGUCACUCUGACCACGGUGGGCUUUGGUGAUUUUGUGGCAGGGGGAAACGCUGGCAUCAAUUAUCGGGAGUGGUAUAAGCCCCUGGUGUGGUUUUGGAUCCUUGUUGGCCUUGCCUACUUUGCAGCUGUCCUCAGUAUGAUCGGAGAUUGGCUACGGGUUCUGUCCAAAAAGACAAAAGAAGAGGUGGGUGAAAUCAAGGCCCAUGCGGCGGAGUGGAAGGCCAACGUCACGGCCGAGUUCCGGGAGACAAGGCGAAGGCUCAGUGUGGAGAUCCACGAUAAGCUGCAGCGGGCGGCCACCAUCCGCAGUAUGGAGCGCCGGCGGCUGGGCCUGGACCAGCGGGCUCACUCGCUGGACAUGCUGUCCCCAGAGAAGCGCUCUGUCUUCGCCGCCCUGGACACGGGCCGCUUCAAGGCCUCAUCCCAGGAAAGCAUCAACAACCGGCCUAACAACCUACGCCUGAAGGGGCCCGGAGCAGCUGAACAGCACGGGCAGGGCGCGUCCGAGGACAACAUCAUCAACAAGUUCGGGUCCACCUCCAGACUCACCAAGAGGAAAAACAAGGACCUCAAAAAGACCUUGCCCGAGGACGUUCAGAAAAUCUACAAGACCUUCCGGAAUUACUCCCUGGAUGAGGAGAAGAAGGAGGAGGAGACGGAAAAGAUGUGUAACUCGGACAACUCCAGCACAGCCAUGCUGACGGACUGCAUCCAGCAACAUGCUGAGAUGGAGAAUGGGAUGAUACCCACGGACACCAAAGACCAGGAGCUGGAGAACAACUCAUUACUUGAAGACAGAAACUAAAUGUGAAGGACAUUGGUCUUGGACUGAGCGUCGUGUGUGUGUGUGUGUGUGUGUAUGUGUGUGUGUUUUUAAUAUUCACACUGAGACAUGUGCCUUAAACAGACUUAUUAGUCCAAAAUUACAUAGCAUUGAAGAAUAUAUUUCACUGUGCCAUAAACAACUGAAAACUUGCUCUGCCAAAAGGAAUCAAAGAACAAGAACAUUUCAGAUAGCAACCAUGGGACGCACCGAGAGUGUCUGUGCAUGAAGCCGGUUCUGGCUGUACAUGUUAAGGGCGUUUCAGUGGUAGUGCCGUAUCCCUGGGCAGUGCCACCUGGGCACACACAUAGACAAGGGCAGCUACUCCUCAGACAAGCCUCCUGAAAGAAACAGUUGUGUCUUUGGUGGAGUCGUUAGUGAUAUGUGCACACGCAGAAGGGGACCUGGUUGGGGGUAAACUGGUUGUAGGUAACCAGGGUUGGGGUUGACAUUUUGUUAUGUUCUCUGAGCUGGAAUUUUGAUACACACCAUUCACUGAAUGGUGCAUAAUACCUAGUCUUUCUAUGCUCCCAAUAAUGUCUGUGGGACCUGAGAGCGCCUGGAAUUUGUUGGAAGCAGAUCAGAGCACAUGUAUUAAAAGGUGCAAUUGCUUUUCUCAUGACAAAGGAAAAAAAAUAAUCACAAACACAUCACACUGUGGAUAUCACCUUCACCAAUGGCAGAAGCCUGCUGAGUUUGGUCUUUCUCAUGGGGGUAGGUAGACCACAUGAACUGGCGAGCAUUGGUGAAAACGUGACAUGAGCCGCUGCGUGGUUAAAGGCCAGUCGUGCAUUUUCCUCAGUAGGUGCAAUGGUGACAAUAAACGGAUUUGGAAAUGUCCAUGUUCACUUUGCUAGUGGAACUUUGGCUAUAACUUAUUUUGAUAAGAGUGGAAGAAAUACCAAAACAAUUGCCUUGCAUGAUGCCAGUGGCUUGCUGUUCUGUCUAGCUGAUCCUACAUUUUUAUAAAAAUAGACAUCCCGCAUUUCUGAGACGUACCGAGGAGGACCGUGGCAUCUUUUCAUCUCAGGGCUUUUUGUCCCUUGGGUAUCUUAGGGUAGACGUAGUUAAAAGAUCCAAUCUCGCUAUCUCCAAACAAAAAGAAAAUGUACCCCUUGUAAGUAAGCUUGAAAUGUUUUGAUUGCUUGCAGCAUAAGUGCCAUUAAUUCCGUUUAACAAUGAUACUUAGAAAUACUUAAACGAUUCCAUUUUACUUUUAUGUUUGGGCAAUCCUUUAUUCUGAAAACGCCACUUCUUCUCCUUGCCUGUUUCUUUGUCUCACGUCAGUUAUUCACUAAAACUGGAACACCCCUAGACUGAUUGUUCCCAGGCAAACGAUAAGCUAACCCAUCACAAUUGUGAUUGGUCUGUGAGGCUAGAACAUCCCGUAGAGGAAAGUCGGGGAAUGGCUAGUCAUAGGUUUUGAGAUGAUGAUCUUCAAUGGGUUUUUAUCAGAAAGGGGAAAAUACAUACUCCUGUGUAUGCCUCAGUCUUCAUCAUAAUUGGCUGGUUCACAGCUAGCUCUUUGGGCCACACACGAAAGCGUCUGGACCUGGCAACACCAGGUAGUUGCUAGUUAUGGGUGUUCUAGGCUCGCUGCCACCUUUUAGAGAGUUCGUAGGAUUUUACAUAACUAAGCUGCAGUGUGGAUUCACCAACAGUUCGGCACUAGCGGAGACUUCCAGAAACUGUCUAAUGCUGUCUGACCUCCAGAGAAAGUUGUAACCAUGAUAUCCUUGACCUGGUACCGUGGAAGACCUGUCCCUGCCCAUUUCUCAAAAAUGCCCAGCUCUCCCCUGCCUGGAGCACAUGCAAUCCCCUCUCCUGGCCCCCAGACCUUCAGGCUCUGUUGAAGUUCUGGCAUUGCCUUUGAGAAGGAGCCAGAUAAGAAUCAACUUGGAUGAGGCCCUUCCUGUCCAAGGAGGGUCUAAGUCAACUCCUCCGUUGGACUGGAGAUGGGGCUCAGGGGUGACAUCCUGUGUUGACACAGUAAUAAAUAGUCACUUGGGAGGCAACGUUUAUGCAGGUAUGGAUGUGGAGUUUUGCUAUGGAAAUCAUUCCAGCCUGACAAUGUGUUUUAAGGAAUAGGUAGAUAACUGGGACAUCCUCUGUAUUCUAGCAAGUCAAAGUUUCCUAAUUAAACUGUCCAUAGAUCCCACUUAUUUGGGUUUCCACUGUGUUACCUGGUACCUUCUUUGUAGUAAUGUGUUAAAAUUCCAGGCCCUACAACCAAAUUUGGCAGAGGCUUCCCUCUCGUUUGUGCAGUGCCUCUGUGGGCCAGACACAGGAUUAGGCACUUAAUGAACGUCAGCUCAAUAAAACCUCACGACACUCUGUGGGAAGUAUUUGCAAACUCAUUAUAUACACAAGGACACAGAGGCUCAGGGAAGCUAUGUAAGGUACCUGGUGGCACACAGCAAGAAAGUGGUAGAGCUGGUAUUCAAAGUCCAACCAAAGUCUGCUUUCAACUUCGCUAUAUAGUGUCUGUGUCAUACACUCUUGUGAAUGUGUUUGUGUGUAUGUGUGUCUUCGUAGCUUCAUGGACACAGCUUACAGAUGUGGGGAGCAGAUACAGAGGAAUCUUCACCACCAAGGGGGAACAAGGUCUUUGUGUAAACAUGGCUCGGAGGGUUGCCCCUGCAGACACCUACUGUACAUUUAUUUGGUUUUGGUUUUGGAAAUUCUGUGUGUGGCGCCCUUUCCCUAUUGUUAAAAUGCCCUUUGAAAGCACUCUUUUGCACUUUACUUGCUGACUUUGUAGGAACUCUGCAUACAGCAGGAAUAAAAUAGUUCAAAGCACUAAGCUGCAUACCUUACCAAAUGGAACAGGUGCAUGUGUUGGUGUGUGCAUAGAUCUUCCCCAGUGAGUCAAGUCAGUCAUAUAGAGGGAUCAAAUGUAGCCUUGGGCUGGGAGUGGGGAAAUUUUCUACACAACUCAUUCCCUGAGUACAUUUGGUCAAGGACCUGAUGAACAAAAUCAAAGAAGAUCCUCUAAGGAGAUUGAUCCAUUAAAUAUUUGUGCAAAGUGUUUAGAAACCUACAAAAUAAUCUCGCCAAGAAGCUGAGAGAGAAUAAGAAAUGGGAUUCCUCUUCACAUAAACUAAGAUUUUGGGGGAGGCCAUUUGUUUUGAAGUUACUUAAAUGCUACCUUUUUUAGAUGGGGCCAAAUGGCACGUAAAGUACGCGUGAGAAGGCAACGCUGCUGCAGUCUAUACACACAUCAGCACAGCCCUCCCUUUCCAGUUUGCACUCCCGCUGCACCACAAAUCUAGGAGAAGUGUUUUCAUUUCGCACAUGGAAAGAGCACACGUCCACCAUCUUCAGUGGGUGGUGUUUUUUGCUUCACUGGCAACUGGGCACUGAAUUUUUCAUGCAUGACAGAUCUGGAGGUUUACUGGUGAGAGAGCCAAUGGGAAAUUUGGAAAGAGUACAGCUCCAUACCCAGUCCUAACCCGAUAGUGUAUACUUUGUGUGUGUGUGUGUGUGUGUGUGCAUGCUUGUGUGUGUAUGUGGGGGUUGGGGUGGUGUUGGGCCAUCUCCGUCCCGUUACUAAGGUAACUGGGACUAUUUGUGCUUCACCAGUCAUAUCCUGUGAUUGUGGGCACAUCAGUUCCCUGCCUAGAUCUUUGUUACUUUGUCUGCACAUCAAGGGAGUUGAGCACACAUACUUGUCAAGGGCCAUUGGAGUUGUGCAGUUCUCUAACGAAACACUCCCUAGUCCAUGAGUUCAUUAAAUUUGUUAAGAAAGUUAUAAGUUGGAUUUGUGAAUACUGACUAAUUGUCUUGCCCAUUUUAGGUUAAAGUAAGAGCUUAGUCUCCUGCCCUUUGGGAUUAUGUUUUUUUGGGGAUUGAUGGAGACCAGAUGUACUUGGGAGACUGGUGUCCAAAUUCGGAUCAUGCCCUGUGUAGGCUCUCUCUAUCCUCCCUUAUAGCUCUUUAGUGUACUGUCAGCGGGAGGGAUCAUACUGUGAGGGCAUUUUUUGCAUGGUGUUGAGACUAGUUACAGAAUUUUAAGCUGUUGCUAUUUGCAGUCAAUUGUAGUACUUUACAUAUCUUGAAUUCAAGUACUAUGAUCAGAUAGACCUCACACACACACACACACACACAUACACACACAUGCACGCACAAACACACACAUACACAGCCCAGAGGAAAUGGCUGCUUUGGGUUCUAUAAGGACCAUUCCAUGUUUGAAGACCUAGUUGAGCUAAAUACUAAGAAACCGCCCCCUUGCCUCCCUCUGAGAAGAUACCAUUUCCUGGCUUUGUCAAUGCUGCCUGUCUAUUUGCAUGCUGGGUUUUGAGGACUAGUGAGAAAGUGGCCAGAGUUUGGGUGGGGCUGGUUUUUACCCGCUGGAUUUGUGAGAAUGUGAAGCAUCCAGUGUGUACCAGGGUUUCUGAACCAUGGAAAAGGCAUAGGAAAACAAACAUUCAGAGCCCUGUAAAACGAGAAAGCAAAAACCAGCCAGUGUUACAUUCCAUAUCUCUGCUUGUUGCAUUUUGCUAAUAUGGGGUUAUUCUUUCUCAGUGUUUUGAUGCAAUUGUGUGCAAAGACAGUGGCUGAGUGAGCAGUAACAGCCGGCUAGUAAUGGCCUUAUAAAGAAAAAGGGUAACUCUGAAACAAAAAUCAGUUUAAUGUGGUAUUGUGGAUGCUGUUUAUUCCGCAUAUGGAAGCUUUGGAACAGCAUGCUAAUUACAUGGCUGGAACCAAAACCCUGCCCUCUGCCCCUGCACCUUCACUGGACUUCACCAACCCACCCAUACUCCAUGUAAACCUCAGUUCUCCCAUGGCUGUUGGAAGUCGCAUGACAUCAGUGCCGUGGCAUUGAGAAAAGGAGAGGUGUCUCUGAUUUUACUGAAAGUGAUUAUCAUUUUCACAGGUGCCUGAGAUUUGGUAUCUACUUUGUGUUCUUGACUGUUAAGUGAAAAAUCUCAAAUAGUUCCCUGUGCAUUAAAAAAAAGAAAUUAUUUUGAGAGGACUCCUGCUCCAUCAAUUCAGCAGAUCUGCGCUGCAGAAGGUAACUGCGGACCCUAUCCUUUGCUGUCAGGGCUCUGAGCUUGAAGGGAGAAGGUGCAGCAGUACCUAGAAGCGAUAUGCAAAUCACCUCACAUGCCAGCCUCUGGCCUCUCUCCCAUCCCAGAAUCACAGGCAGGGGACCCAGUGACAAAGAUGAUAAGUCCAUGUGUGGAGGUGUUUUACUUAUUUUUCUCUCUGUAGGAUUUCAUGGUGCUUUAAAAAAAAAAAAAAGGCAUUUUACAGAAAAUAAUGUGGGGGGAGGGGGAUUUCAUAAUGUUCUUAGGGAAAGUACAAAACAAAUUUGCUUGUAACAUUUCAAUAAGCUGUGCUGCUAUUGUCUUUAUUUGAUGAUGUAAUUUUUUUUUCAAUGACGAAGAAAAUUGCAACAAAGACCUUCUGGAAGAUCCAGCCAAUGUCUCUCCUGUUUUCCUUUCUUUUGUGGGGCUGAGCGUGGUUCCUAAUAGAGCAUGGGAUGGGAGCUCUGCUCUGGACCACUGAUACUUUGUCCUGAUGGCAGGAUAAGUGCUUCCCCAAGCUUACACUUAUUUCUGACAUUCAUGGGCCUGUGGAAACCCACUCUGUCUUGCAGGAGGAGGAGCGCAAAGCAAUCCAUGAAGAGAAACCUUAAAAAACCCAGGAUGGGCCGGGCGCGGUGACUCACCCCUAUAAUCCCAGCACUUUGGGAGGCCGAGGCAGGUGGAUCAUGAGGUCAAGAGAUUGAGACCAUUUUGGUCAACAUUGUGAAACCAGGUCUCUACUAAACAUACAAAAAAAAUUAGCCGAGCAUGGUGGCGUGCACCUGUAGUCCCAGCUACUCGGGAGGCUGAGGCAGGAGAAUUGCUUGCACCCAGGAGGUGGAGGUUGCGGUGAGCUGAGAUCACGCCAUUGCACUCCAGCCUGGGUAACAAGAGCAAAACUCCUUCUCAAAACAAAACAAAACAAAACAAAACAAAACA